AUGCCCUUGACUCAAAGGCAAAGAGCACUCCAUAGGAGACUUUUUACAGCGAAUCAGCAAGCCAAGGAAUAUCAACGAGUACAAGAAUUAAGAUCAAUUCCGACACAAUCACCUUCCCAGAACCCAAUCCCGGCUCCGGAGCCUCAACCGGCCAGGGAUUACCAAGAAGCCAUAGAGCCUCAACACAGGAAAGAAGCAAGCCUGAACAGAGUCAGCCUAGCAUGUGUGGAAGUUGCUGCAUUCCAGGAAUACCUACCUUUUGAUGACUAUGUCCCCGAAUAUUCUCUCCCGCUCACGCAAGCAGAGGCUGGUAGCCAUCCGCUCAACCCGAUUACCAACGUGGCCCAGACUGUUGCAGAGAGCGUCAAUGGUUCGAGCUCAGGCUCGGAGAGCAAUGACUCGCCGACGUCCACAACCUGUGGUGAAGGGACUUCCUUAGAGUCCUAUCAGAGCUUAGGAGACAACCGACAAUACACGACCGCGAUAUUUCAAGUUUUCCCCACCACUCUCGAUCAGACUGCUUUAGCAUAUCUUCAGUGCCGGCACGCGUUCAUCCGGCCCCAGCCAGCGUUCCAGACACACCUUCUUCUGAAAUACAUCCGCCAUGUUCACAGUGCCAUGCCAGUUCUCGAUAUCCAUCAGCUAGUCUCAACUAUAACGCAGGAUACAUCGAGCGUUCCCUCACCAACCAAAUCAGCUGAAGAGAAACCACAGAUACCAUACCUACUUUAUCAAGCAGUAAUGUUCUCCGCAGUCAAAUUUGCAGAUGGAGAGGCUUUAAAGUCGGCUGGCUACGACACAGUGAAUGCUGCUCAAUUGGAGAUGCUUCAACGUGCCAGAGUGCUCUAUGAUCUCGACACUUGCACAGAUGUGGUCACCCUGAUCCAAUCUCUGUUACUCCUCUCCUUCGGCAGUCGCUUUAUCGACGAGCCUCCGGGUGGCAGAAAUUCUCAGUUCUGGCAUGGGCUGGCCGUAUCUACUGCCAUGAGAUUGGAAAUGAACAGCCACACCUCAUCAAACAAUUCGACAGAACCUGAAAGGCGUCUAUGGCGUCGUAUACGGUGGAGUCUACUUCUCUGGGAUCACCUGCUAGUGAUAUAUCAGGGCUCCUCUCACAAGUCAAUGGCACGCCGCCUAAAAUGGGUGGAGAAUGACCUGCCGAUCUUGAGUCUAGAUGAUUUUGACACCAGGCCGAUAUCAAUCAAUGGUCAGAAGGCGGCAGAGAGCGCGCAACUGGAGCAGGAUGCAAUGAACACCAUUGAGAAAGUCAUGCUGUGCUGCCAGAAUACUGGCUCCAGCUAA